AUGGACAACAAUAAGCCAUGCUAUAAGAUAAAUGAUGCUCUUCAAGAGCUUGAGAUGUUGGCAGUGAAUGCCAAAGAAGCCCAACAGCUUAUACUGACAAAAAUCCUUGAGAGGAAUCAGGCUAGUGAAUACUUGAGAAAAUUCAUGAAUGGAUCCACAAAUAUUUCCACCUUCAUGAGAAAUGUUCCAGUAGUGACAUAUGAUGUGGUCCAGCCCUACAUUGCGAGGAUCUCAAGUGGCGAGGAUUCUUCAAUUUUAUGUGGAGAACGAAUUGUAGAGCUUCUGAGAAGCUCUGGAACUUCUCGGGGUGAGCCAAGAUUGAUGCCAGCCAUCUCUGAGGAUCUUGACCGCCGAACCUACCUUUAUAGUCUGCUGAUGCCCAUAAUGAACAAGUAUGUGUCGGGCCUUGAUGAAGGGAAGGCCAUGUAUCUUCUCUUUGUGAAAGCGGAAACACUCACAAGUUCUGGCAUUCCAGUUCGAUCAGUCCUCACUAGCUAUUACAAGAGCCCUCACUUCCUGCACCGCAAACACGACUUGUACAACAACUACACCAGUCCUGAUGAGGUAAUUCUUUGCCCUGACAGCCAGCAGAGCAUGUACUGUCAGCUGCUCUGUGGCCUGGUCGAACGCCAGCAUGUCCUUCGUCUCGGGGCAGUCUUCGCCUCAGCAUUCCUUCGGUCUAUCAGCUUUCUUGAACGGUACUGGUGUGACCUUGUUAACGACAUACGGCUUGGUAAACUCAAUUCCAGUGUCACCGAUACUGCGUGUCGGUUGGCCAUGGUGCACUUUCUUGCGUUGCCCAACCCAGAGCUAGCUGAUGAGCUUGAGGAAAUCUGCAGCUGUGGGCCAUGGAAGGGGAUUCUAGGCAGGCUAUGGCCUAAUGUCAAGUACAUCGAAGCUGUUCUUACAGGCACAAUGGCACAAUACAUCCCCAUGCUGGAGUUCUAUAGUGGUGCUAGGAUUCCCUUGGUCUGCACCAUGUAUGCUUCCUCGGAGAGCUAUUUUGGUGUCAAUCUAAGGCCACUGUGUAAACCCACUGACGUGUCUUACACGAUCCUCCCAAACAUGGCCUAUUUUGAGUUCAUACCUUUGGAGGAUGGCCUCAGAGUGAUGGAGGAGGAUGAGGUGGUGGAGAAUGAUAAGCUUGUUAAUCUGGUGGAUGUCAAGGUCGGAUGCUACUAUGAGCUUGUGGUUACCACAUUUUCCGGUCUUUACAGGUAUAGGGUCGGCGAUGUGCUUCAGGUGACAGGCUUCUACAAUUGUGCACCACAGUUCAAAUUCAUCUGCCGGAGAAACGUCAUACUCAGCAUCGACUCCGACAAGACCAACGAGGAGGAUCUCCACAAUAGUGUCACUCGUUCCAAGAAAAUCCUGGAGGAUCGGAACUACAUCCUCCUGGAGUACACUAGCUACACAGAUACUUCCACUGUCCCUGGCCACUACGUCCUCUUCUGGGAGAUCAAGUCCACCAGCGAAGGUGUGACGCCUCUGGAUGCUGAGCUCCUUGAGAGCUGCUGCAUCUCAGUCGAGGAGUCGCUCGACUACAUCUACAGGCGCUGCAGAGCUCAUGACAAGUCGGUAGGCCCUCUGGAAAUACGAUUGGUUGAGGCCGGAGCGUUUGAUGCUCUGAUGGAUCUGUUAGUUAGUCAAGGCAGUUCUAUUAACCAGUACAAGACCCCAAGAUGCAUCGAGUCUGGGCUCGCAUUGAAGCUGCUGAACUCCAAGGUCAUCGCUUCCUUCUUCAGUCCCCGGGAUCCUGAGUGGACUAUGUAAGCUUUCAGGGAUUAGGAGAGCUUUACUUACAGUCAGAUCAUACCAACUUGCUGCUUUGCUUGGAUAACUGUAUUCCUGCUCCCUAUCAUUUCAUUUGGAGAAUUGCUUAUUA